GUAUGAAACGUUCGAAGCCGGUAGGGCUCCAUUGGCAGUGUGCCCACCAUGAUCUCAUGAACUGGCCAUAGGUGCUUUGCUGCUACGAAAUAGAUGGCAGCAGACAUUUGCAAUCCGUCGUCUCGAGUGCAAAUACACCCGGCUUUGAUGAAGGCAGAAUUGAACCUUCAACGGCGUCAACCCAUUCGUCGUCGCUGAUAGAAACGAAUCCGUUAUGCCGGCAAGACUACCAGGACUUCGUCAGUAUCUUGGGCUAUUCCACUCACAGUGACCACAAUACCCUCAGCUUCGUCAAAAAGAUGGGCGUUGCCUCUUUAUCCACUUCGAGUCCUCUUCCUUCCUUGAAUAGCAACCUUAUAGCUCCGGACAACAAAUACCGAUCCCUGGUCCGUCAGCUACCAUCAAAGGAGCACAUCGACAUCCUUGUCCGGCAAUUUUUCUCAGAUAUCAAUUGGCACUACGACGUAAUCGACGAGAUCACUUUCCGUCAGCAACUUGAGGCUUGGAGACGCAUUCCUUACUCGGCUUAUAAUAAUGCGAUGAGUGGCCUACCGACCGAAAUCCUCGCAUUCCCUUCCCUUCUUUUUCAGCUUAUUGCUCAUGCUCUGAUACAUCAACCUAUUACCGAUGGAAGUUGUUCAGGCCUUGAAUCUUUGAAAUACGCUUCAGAGAUGACAUUCGCCGAUCUGGCCGGUGACUUCUCCGAAGCUGGCUUGGCAACCCUGGAAAGCAUACCCAAAAACGAAAUGACAGUCGUGGCUGUGCAGGCAGAGAUCCUACGUGCAUCUUUAUUGAAGAACACUGGAAAGGUCAUCGAGGCCUGGCAUGUUCUCGGGCUCGCUAUUCGGGACGCGCAGGAAAUAGGGCUCCAUGCGGAAUCAAUCUCACUGAGCCCGCCGGUAAGUAUUGAUGCCCAGUGGGACAAAGAGACGAGACGCAAGCUUUGGUUUGUGCUACACAAUUGGGACAUUCACAUGGCUGUUGUGCUAGGGAGACCUAUUGCCACAAUUAUGACUGCUGGAAACUCAACUUAUCUUCUUGAAGACCUCGCACAACGAGAGAGUGAAACGCCGCCGAGGAAGAGAACAGAAAAAGACCCUCCUACCCCAUUUAGUGUUAUAUAUGUGGGCUACAACGUGGCUUAUCGAUAUUUUCCACGAGUCCAUGCUAUUGAGAGCCGUGGAGCAAGGAUAGAAGACUACAAUAUUGUUUGCGAGACGCAUGCCGCCAUCAUGGAGAACAUGGACCGUCUACCACUUUGGUGUCGCCAUGAAGACCCUGAUAUACACUUUGACAAAUUAACAAGCUGUCACUGGUUACCAGCGGCACGCCAGGCAUUGACGAGUGGGAUUUAUUUUGUUUUGCUCUCACUACAUCGCCCUUACAUAUUCACUAUGGCUGAAAGUCGGACGGAGGCACUCAAGGCGUCACUGAAGAUCUGCACCGUUCAGAGACGAUUGUUUCGUUUGUCAAAAGCGCAGCAGUACAUCUCAUUCAAUAUGGUAUAUCCGUUGUUUGACGCGAUGGUCAUUUCACUGGCCACUGUCAAACUAUUUCCGAAUGAAAAUCUCGAUAUUCUCUCGGACCUGGUCCAAGAUGUGCACUGGGCCAUUGAUGUGCUUGGCAAGAUAGGUGAACAUAACGCCAUGGCUCGGUCGGCACAGGGCAUUGUGAAGAAGCUAUUUUCCCAGCUGCAUCAAUCCGGUGAGCAAGUUAAUCAGCACUCGAGCAACACGAACACAGGCGGAGAAUGCUCAGAUACUGGGACAGCGGAUCUUUAUAACGCCAGAACGCGUUUGAACGGAGAUCCCACAGCGGGCAACAUCGAUGCCGAACCAUUGUUACCUGUUUUCCAGCGAACGGAAUUAGGGGCGGUCAAUCCUCACGACUUUGACUUUGACACUCUAUUGCCUCCUCAGCCAAUACAUGAUCUAUUCUAUCAAAAUAUAUACGGACCACAUAUACAGGAAGCCUACCAGGCCCCCGACCUUUUAUUGGGGAGUGCAGAAUUCGGUGGCCUUUACCCUGUAAACAGCUUUUGGAGCUGCAUGAACGACUUCAGUCAACAGUAAGAGAGAAAAGAUAUCAGUUGCCUUCAGAGAUACAGCUUACUACAACCACUUUCCAAUUUCGUCGUAUUCAGACUUCUAAUUUGCGAGCCGAGACUCUGCUACGGUAAAUAUCACGGGCUUAAACACCAGCAAAAAAAUUUGCAAUAUCGCCCACAUUUCUAUCGACCACAUCAGGCUGGUCGUAAUGCUGAAAGUGGGAGACAUCGUUGUUCCAGAUCAGUUUUUUGUUUGUGGCCGGAAUGGAUUCGAAAUGUCUCUUGGCUGCGGGUGCAUUCAUACAGUUGUCUCCAUGGAUGAUUAAGGCUGGCUUGUUGAGCUUCGCUACGCUCGGGACGGUGGUAUAUGAGAAAUGAUCGAGAUCACUCAUUACGGCAUAACGGUUCUCGAAUCCCUUCAAGGUCCAGGGUCCGUACCACGCCCAUACCGUAGGGCCUGGGAGACCAGCUAAAGCCCCAGUGUCUGGAUCGGCGGCCUUUGGGUCGACUAGAGGUUGGUAGACAACUUCACCUGUAGUAUCG